AUGAACGGUCACAUUAUGCGCGGUCGCUUCCAUCCCCAUUGCCCUGAGUUCAGCAUUGACUAUUCUACUGCUUGGUCUCCUGAGGUCCGCAUUCCGGUUCUUAUCCUCAUCACUCUCUUCUUGAUGUCGAUGAACCCGACUGUCGCCGAUAUCAUUAAGGGUACUGUUUGGAUGGUUGUCAAGCCCAUUGCCCUCCUCAUUGGCUACUUAUCUGUUGCCAUCAUCCGCAUCCUGAUCUUCCUCUUCAUCGAUGGACCCAAGAUGAUCACCAUCCUCAUCACCCCCGACAGACGCGACAGCGUCGACUUCCUUGGCAUCGAUGUUGAGAACAAUACCAAGCUCAACGCCAUCUGGAGCCGUCUCCACACCGAGGAGGAGUGGGUUCCCGGCGGCGUCUUCGACAAGAAGUACAAGCCGUUCCUCCCAGCCCGUAAUAUGAAAAUGGCCGGCCCUCGUCAGAAGAAGGUCAUGACCCGCGACCGUGGCCUGUCUUGCUAA